ACUGUUAUUGUCAGCUCCUCUCUCAGUUAUAGAUUUCUGCUCCAGAUUUUAGACAUAUUCUGUUACUUGAUACUAAUUGAGUAUUAACUGUAUAAUCAUUUCCCAAACUACCAUUUUGUGGCUGGAACAAGUUGCAAGAUGGCUUCGUUCGCGCGAUCGUUGCGCCCUUUGGUCCGAACCCUUCCUCCACGAACGCAGCGCCGUGUCGCCAUACCCAGAAUAUGCCACAAUUCUCGCCUGCUGUCAUGUACAGUUUUUCGCAGACAAGAAGUGAUCGACCUGACCUCUCUUGCGCCGACACCCAUUUCCCAUUUUUCGGAGACAGAGCAUAUGAUGGCAGAUUCGGUCUCUAAAUUCUCACAAGAGGUCAUUUUACCCAAAGUCCGGGAAAUGGACGAAGCCGAAGCCAUGGAUCCUGGGUUGGUGGAUCAGCUGUUCGAGCAGGGACUCAUGGGUAUUGAGAUACCCGAAGAGUACGGCGGCGCCGGCAUGAACUUUACCGCCGCAAUCGUGGGAAUUGAAGAGCUGGCGCGAGUGGAUCCCAGCGUCAGCGUGCUGGUGGAUGUGCACAAUACGCUCGUCAACACCAUGAUAUUAAAGUACGGGACAGUAGAAUCGAGAGAAAAGUGGCUACCGAAGUUGGCCACCGAGACUGUUGGAUCAUUUUGUCUUUCCGAGCCAUCCUCGGGCUCUGACGCGUUUGCAUUGCGGACCAAAGCGGAAAAGACUGCGGACGGAUACCGCAUAAACGGCUCCAAAAUGUGGAUCACUAAUGCCAUGGAGGCAGGACUUUUUAUUGUGUUUGCAAAUCUAGAUCCAAGCAAAGGCUACAGAGGCAUCUCAGCAUUUAUUGUGGACAAAGACACAAAGGGGUUUUCCAUUGCGAAAAAGGAACAGAAACUGGGGAUUCGCGCAAGUAGCACUUGCGUCUUGAACUUUGACGACGUCGAAAUUCCAAGAGGAAAUCUCCUGGGCGAGGAAGGCCAAGGAUACAAGUACGCAAUUGGCAUAUUGAAUGAAGGCCGGAUCGGCAUUGCCGCGCAAAUGACUGGCCUUGCUCUCGGCGCCUGGGAGAAUGCUGCUCGAUACGUAUGGAACGACCGACAGCAAUUCGGCCAGCUGGUCGGAACGUUUCAAGGCAUGCAGCAUCAGAUUGCGCAGGCAUACACCGAGAUCACUGCAGCGCGAGCAUUAGUGUACAACGCGGCGCGGAAGAAGGAAGCCGGACAGGACUUUGUCAUGGAUGCCGCCAUGGCCAAGCUGUAUGCGUCCCAAGUUGCCGGACGCGUGAGCGGCUCUGCGAUUGAGUGGAUGGGCGGCAUGGGCUUUGUCCGCGAGGGGAUUGCCGAGAAGAUGUUCCGCGAUAGCAAGAUUGGGGCCAUCUAUGAAGGCACGAGUAAUAUUCAACUGCAGACCAUUGCAAAGUUACUGCAGAAGCAAUACACUGCUUAACCCCAUCUGUUCUUCCUUUCUGUCCUUUUUCCUUUUCCUUUUUUAUUCCAUUUUUUUCUCUUUUCUAAAUCUAUAUUUCCAUUUCUUUUCUUGCGGUCUUAUACUAUCUGAUUCAUGGACACUUCAUCCUCUGCAUCUUCAGCACCUCGUCCAUUGUCUAUUGUCUAUUAGUCUAUUAGUCUAAUAGUCCAUCCUAUAAAACAAUACAAUCCCAACCGAGAGAUCUUGUUCUACAAGUAGCCGUUUCAUAAACACACGUCUAAUUGCUUAAACAGCCGU